AUGAGGCUCGCUAAGGAAGAACCAUCUAUGACUGAGCAAGUCAUUGAUUUAAUUUCAGCAGUGAAAGAGUUACAUGGUCUUAGCUCUCAGGAGCUUAACAAAUUGUUAAGGGACUCUGAAAAUUUUACAAUUCACUUUCAUUCUGAAAAAGGAUCAACGAUUAAGAUUGACGUGGAAAAACUGGCAGGCUUUCUUCCUUUACACCUUAUUGCAGUACUUAUGUCAUCUGAUAGAGAUGAAUCGCUGUUGAGAUAUUUGUUGUGCGGAAUUCGGCUUGUGCAUUCCUUGUGUGAUCUAGCACCCAGGAACAGUAAACUUGAGCAGAUUUUGCUCGAUGAUGUUAAAGUAUCAGAGCAGCUGCUGGAUCUGGUGUUUUAUUUAGUAAUUGUUCUUAGUGGUUAUAGACAGGAAUGUGUCAAUUCAUGUUCUUCGUUACUUGUGCAUUCAGCACUUGUAGCAUCCAGUCUACAUUUAUUGUCAGGAUGUAUAUCUUCACAAUGGCAAGAUCUUGUUCAAGUAUUGCUUGCUCACCCGAAGGUUUUCAAGAUGCUGGAAAUGCUGCCGUCGCACCUGCAACAGUGCAGAGGUGACUGUGGUUGCUGUGGCAGCAGCAGGGAGAUUGAGGAGCCAGAGGAGAUGGAACCACCAGCAGUUGACAUAUUUAUGGAUGCAGCUUUUGGAGCUGUUCAUGUAGCCAUUGGGUUUCUUCAGGUCCAGCUGUCAGAUGAACAUACUAGCCUUCACGCAAAAAGUCCAACAGCUGAACAGAUAGUUAACUAUAUCUGCCAACAAUGUGAGGCUUCUUUACAGAUUCUUCAGUCAUUGUGCCAGCAAAAGAUGUUUCGCGAGCGCCUUCUUAAGAACAAGGAACUAUGUGGAAGGGGAGGUGUUCUUUUCCUGGCCCGGGCCAUCUUGAAGUUAAACAUUACGCCUCCUUUUGUAGAUUCUUUUACAGUUGUAGCUGCAGUAUCUAGACUGAAGGCUAAAGUGUUAUCGAUUCUAUUGCAUCUGUGUGAAGCAGAAAGCAUUUCUUACCUUGAUGAGGUUGCAAGCUCUCCAGGGAGCCUUGAUUUGGCAAAGUCUGUAGUAUUAGAGAUUCUUGAAUUAUUGAAGGCUGCACUUAGCAAAGAUCCCAAUCAUCCUAGUCCAUGUUCAGACAGAACUUUUCCCAUGGGACUUUUGCGACUCAAUGCAAUGCGUCUCGCUGAUAUCUUCUCAGAUGAUUCAAAUUUUAGAUCUUAUAUCACAACAUGCUUUACCAAAGUUCUGACCGCUAUAUUUUCGCUUCCUCACGGAGAUUUUUUAUCAAUUUGGUGCUCUUCUGAAUUUCCACCAAGAGAAGAAGAUGCUACUCUGGAGUAUGACACAUUUGCAGCAGCUGGGUGGUUUCUGGACACAUUUGCAGCAGUGAACCUAUCGAAUGCAGUAAAUUUAGAAAUUACUUUAAUUCCUAGUAACAUGCCCCAAGCUAUGUAUGCACAUCAGAGAACUUCAUUGUUUGUGAAACUAAUUGCCAACCUCCACUGUUUUGUUCCGAACAUAUGUGAAGAGCAGGAAAGAAACUUGUUCCUUCACAAGUUUCUGGAGUGCAUGCGGAUGGACCCAUCUAAAUCAUUGCCUGGGUUUUCUUUUACUUCUGGUGCUCUAAGAGCUACAACAGUUUGCAGGAACCUUCGUUCAUUGUUAAGUCAUGCAGAAUCUCUAAUUCCUAACUUUUUGAAUGAGGAGGAUGUACAGCUGUUAAGGGUAUUCUUUAACCAGUUACAAUCACUGAUUAAUCCUGCUGAUUUUGAAGAAAACCAAGUUCAAGAAAUCAAAUCUGAGAGGUCAAUAUCUUUGGAUAAGUUCUCUAGACUCACUAUUGAUGAGCAUCUUCAGGAAGCUCAAAGCAUUGGGGCAUACUCAUCACCUAUGAUGAGGAAGGAACCUUCAAGUCUUAGCAACAGGCCGGAUACUCAAAAAGAGGAAAUGUCAGAGAAUUCAGCUAUCCAAGAAGAGGAGAAGCACAAUUUCAGAAAUGAGCAUAUGAAUCAAGCUGAAGGUAUAAUGAGGGAAGACAAAGCUAAAUCUGGUGCAUGUGCAUCUGAUGUUUUAAGGGAGAUUGAUAGAGAUGCCCAUAAUGUUGAGACAAGUGGUUCAGAUACAAGUUCCACUAGAGGGAAGACUUUUGUAGGUCAAGUGGUGAAUGGUGACUUCCCAAAAUCAAGUGAUCAUAUAAAAGGAAGUGGUUUUCAGGGAGUUCAUGAUGGUGAAAAAGUUGAAAGUCUUCAUUUUGAAGAAAAGCAGCCAAGAAAAAGGAAGCGAACUAUUAUGAAUGAUUAUCAAAUCACACUAAUGGAGAAAGCCCUGCUAGGGGAACCUGAGAUGCAGCGAAAUGCAGCAGCGUUACAGUCAUGGGCUGAUAAAUUAAGUCUUCACGUAUGGAUCAGAAGUUACAUCUUCACAGCUGAAAAAUUGGGAAGGAUAAAAAGUUUAGGUUUUCAAGUUCUUGUUCAGUUACUUCGCAAUGUUUCUCGUGGCAAGCUUCUUAUACAGGAUAGGAGCAAACCACAGGCGUCCAAGAAUACUUGGAAUCUUGCAAAAUCUUCCAUUUCUGCUACUCAUGCAGUUACCAUUUUUGUUGUUUCUACUGGCUUUCUAGAUGGCAGGCUCAACAAUCGUAAAGCAAGGUUAGCUCGUGCAGGUAAGGAUGCCCGUGCACCAAUGGAGGUUGAUAAUGCAUUUCAAGAAAAGCAAGUUGGACAAACACGGCGGCAUGGCUCUCCUGAGAGCCCCAGUGAAGAUAACGUCACAUCAAGUGCAAGAGGCCUUCAAAACACAUCAGAAAUUGGCAUGUAUGAAGAUCCUGAGGCUGGUAUAGGAUUAGCAGACUUUGUUGACAUUGGUGCCUCAGAAUUUGUUCAGUGCAAGCCGGGGCAGUUUGUUGUGCUUGUAGAUGGACAAGGAGAAGAGAUUGGUAAGGGAAAGGUAUAUCAGGUGCAAGGCAAAUGGCAUGAAAGGAUAUUGGAGGAAUCAGAGAUGUGUGUCGUGGAUGUUACAGAGCUCAAGAAAGAGAGAUGGGCGAGGCUUCCAUACCCAUCCGAAACUACAGGCAUGUCAUUUGAUGAAGCUGAACAGAAGAUUGGGGUAAUGAGAGUGUUGUGGGAUUCGAACAAAAUAUACUUGUCACGACCUCAAUGA